AUGGUGUGCAAGUCCCGCCCAAUGUGUCGAUUUCAGCUCGCGAAAAAGGAGGCGAACGGAGCGAGAGAAAUAGAGAGACAACAAGCAUCCUUUCCUUUGCGGCUACACGUGCCCCGCAUUCGUGUCGCUUUGACGUCUUCUGAAAACGCAACUUACUCCAAGUUGCACGCCCAGCCUGGACGCAGCUCCUUCCGUUGCUGCGGAUCGUCAACGCAUGACGGUUUGAUGAUCUUUCGGAUUUUGCUGCGGCUCUUUGCGGCGCUGACGCUCCUCCAGCUUGGGGACGCGAGUUGUGAGAUCGACAGUCACGGCACGGCUGUAUGUUUAGGACUUCGGGAUCUCGUGAAUACUACGGCCACUUCAGCCGUAGUCAUUGACUGCGUCCGGGAUUCUAGGAAUCUAUCGUUCCCUCUGCUCAGAAACCUGAGCAUGUUAUGCACCGACACUCAACUCUUCCCGUCGUUCACUAAGACGUUUUCAAAGUUGCAGUUCUUCUCCUUGCCUAACUGCAAAAUCCAAACCUUGCUCUGGCAAGAUAUUUUCACUGAAACUCUUAUCAACGCCGACCUACACAACUGCCCUAUAACCUGCAAUUGUUCGAAUCAAUGGAUGAUGCAUGGAUCCGACUUCCGAAGAAUCGAAAAUCCGAGUUCUUUGAAAGGCUGUGCCCUGUCGUGUCCGCGAGGAGCUCUUACUGUAGAUACUCCAAUUCUGACAGUGAGCGAAGGUUCCAACGUAACUAUCAACGUCGAUGUUAACAAUGCCUCUUUAGUGGGCUCUUUAAAUCAGAGGUUUGUUAUAUUUUAACAACUUAAAUACUGACACUUUUUUUUCACUUUCUCGUUUGAAGUUCCUUUGAUAUUUCUGAUUUUCUCGGUCUGCUCAUUUAAUCCUUCAAUCCCUUGUGUCAUUUUGAGCCAGUUUUUGCUUUCAUAAUGUUUUCUCGAGCGCUUCCUGACUUUUGCAGCUUAAAGGAAAACUCUCGAAAUUUUGAAAUUUUUUUUCUUUUCUACAGAAGAUUAUGCAAACAUUAGCUGACUGUAGCUAACUUUCAUAAGGCUCAUCGGAAUGCAACGUAAUGAGAUAAUUGAAAAAAAUGAAGCCCUGGAUGAGAAAUGUUUGUUCCUGGUUCAAUUUUCGUAAUGCACCUUUGAUUCAUCAGAUAGUUGAAUGUUUCAAAAGUACAUUUUUUUCGUCAACCACAAAAAAAAUUUCCUUCACAUCAAUUCAAGCAAAGAUCUCUGCGUUACUGCAUUCUGCGACAUUCAACGUCAAAAACAGAUGAAACAUCUGUAGCUUUUCUGAUCAGAUUCUCACACUUUUUUGUUCCCUUCAGACGAUAAGUAUCCGACCAAAGACCCAAGCUUGGAUAAGUGAGAAAAAUUUUUCUUGAUGAGUUCAAAAACUUAAAAUGGAUCAUGGGAAAAAAAUUUUCUAAGGGAUGUAGACCAAGAGUAGGUUCUAACGAUCAUAUCUCAAAAAGUCAAUUUGGUCUUUGCCACUUGGACUUUUUUUUUUGGUAAAAUGAUUUGAUUCUAUGAUAAUUUUUUGGCAUUAUUUAAGGUUUCCAUUUUUCCAACAAAGUAGAAAAUGUGUUAUAUCUAUAUUUUUAGUCAAAGCCAAAUUUUCUCAUUUGCAAAAAAAGCUGCAUUCCAGACAAUACUUCACAUGGGCGUUUUCCAAAGAAAGACACAAUCAUUCGGAAAGUAUCACGACCGAACGCUUGACUCUUGAUCUGACUAACGUAUCCGAGAAAGACAUGGGCGUUAUCGGUGUUCGCUGCUGGCAUUGCCGAGAUUAUCUCACGACAAAAAUACAGGUAGGAUAUCACGAGAUAUCUUUGUCACGCCCCCGCGUUAGACGGCUGCUUCCAGCUCCUGUCUCCAAGGUUACCUUGGAUGAUAGCCUUUCCGCCGUUCGUUUGUGUUUUUGGUGGGCGUUCUGCAAAAAAUGAAAGAGAUGAAGAGAAGAACUUUAAUCGGAGAUUCAAAAAAACUGUGGGUAGAGUAUCAAACUAGUUUUCUGAAAUUAUGUUUGCUUAUAUUCAUAAAAUAGCUUUGAAAAAACACAAUGUGAAGCUAAAAAAAAAGUGCUGCAACUAUAAAUCGAGAGAGUGGACUGAAAUCACUGAAAAAAAUAUUUCAAUUUGAAUAAUUCAUAAUUUUUUAUAAGGUUUUUACAACCAAAAAGCCCUUUUAUUUCCGUUUUCAGAAAUGUCUGUUUAUGGAAGGUUGUUGGAAUGAACCGAAAUGAAAACAGGGGGAGGUUACGGUAAUGUCUGGCGGGCAUGAACUUUCCGAAGGACAAUUGUUCUGACUUUUCUGCGAUUUCUUUUUUCCUUUUAAAUGGAGAGAGAAAAUGUCGAACUUUUCAGCUACGAGUGGAGAUGUCUCCAGAAGCACGGCUACUGCCUCCUUCAGUGCCCGAUACAGACAUUCUCUUGGUUCAUGGGUUUCCGAUUGACAACGUUACUCUGAUGAUAACGAAGGUGAUAAAAUUCUACCCUUUAUUGCUUCAAAAAUCCACGCUAACAGAGAAAAGUUUAGGGCGAAGUCUCAAAAAAUUCAAGCUUAUCAGAAACUUAUGAAUUGGCGGAUGUUGGAGAUGUUGUCUUUUUUGACAGCUUGGUCGUUAGGCCUGAAAGAAGGUUGAGACCAAACUAAUUCGAAAAUGAUAAUCUUGAUUUUUAGAAAAGUUUUCCACCAAAAAACCUUUAAACUUUUCACGAAAGACGGAUCGGAGGCAGACCAUCUGACUGGGCCCGUCACUUUCACCGUCUGCACGGAGCGCAACUGUACUGAAUUCCAGUCAGAACUUCGUCAUUUGCUCCACCAGGUAAGCCCGUUUGACUACGUCAGUUGAUUUUUUUACUCUCCUUAUUUUUACGCUGUUUUGCCUCACACUUCUAACCCGCAAUCUGUCAUCAACCUGUCAUUAAACUCUUGGAUGUCAUCAACUUUUUAUUAUUUUUCCAUUUGUUGCUGUUAACUUUUCCCUGAGUAUAUAUGCAAAAAAGUUCUUAAAAAAUCUGAAAGCGACGACUAACAGAAUCUUAAAAGUUCUGAACUUUGAAAAAAAUUCAGAAACUAAUUUGCGUAUGUACUCGAAGCAUUACUUACAAGAAUAGUCAUUUAUGGUCGUUUUGAGAGCAUCAAAAUGAAAAUUUAUAGAAUUUUUGAGAGAUUUCAAUAUUUAUUCAUUCUGAGACUACGUAGAAGAAAAACUGCAAAAAUUUUGCUCGAGUCUAAUUUUUUUUUCAUGUUAAGUUCUGAAGAACCAAAGGCAAUCAAUGAAAUGAGCUCAACUUUUAUUACCAAAGAAGUUUGUUUCACCAUUCAGAUAUUAAUAAAAAUGUUAAAAGGACAAAAAUGAACAUUCUUGGGAUAGUAAUAACUUCAAUGUUAUUUGUUGCACGCACUUCGAAAGACCUCGAACUUCUAUCACUUACUCUUUUUUUGUUUUGUUUCUGUUUUAUCAUUUCUAUUAACGACGAAUAAAAGUGACGUGUUCUAUUCGUGCAUGUGUUGCAAAGAAGACUUUCUUGUGAGGGCGUCUCCACAAAAGUCUCUGUUCCAAGUGAAACUUGAAUAAUUCACUGACAUGACGGGAGAACCAUGAAAGAAUCAAGAGCAUGCGAGAUCUCCGGAGCGAAAAAGGUCAAUCUACAAAUUAACAUCGCAACAUAGUUCAAAGCGGAAAUAAUUUGCUGCGGAGUUUUUUCCUCGCAUAAUUAAUAGGUUAUAGCAAAUUUUUUCACAACUUUCUUAGAGCGUAAUAAUUUUGAAUUUCAAAUUUUUUUUAGGCUUUGCUUAUAACUUGAAAUUCAAAAUUUUUUUCAUUAAAAGGGAAUCCGCAAAGUUUUUCAAUUUGCUCAAACUGUUUGAAAGCGCAGCAGGUUUUUUUACUCAAUCUUAACAAAAUUCAAAAAAUUGCGGAAAUCAGAAAAUUUCUUCGCUAAAAUUUUUGCUUGAAAAUAAUUUCAGUAUUUUGAGAAAGCGACCACGGCUGUGAGCGCCUAUUCUUCUGAACAAACGAAACGACAAGUAGCAAUAUUCCACGAAGUUCGGUUUGUAAUACCGCCAUUUAUUCUCCUCAUAGUCUUACUCCUAUUGUUUGUGGCAUAUCACCGCAAAAAUCUCGACAAUCUAUGCCGCGAAAAGGUAUAUAAAUUGUGUCAAACUAUCUUUUACAUAGGAAAUUCAGAUGACCACGACUCCGAAGAGAGUUUCUGUCAGUCAAGAAGUUACUUCGCGUAGGGCCAGCCGAGAAACAGAAGAGACACUUCUAAGAAUGGGUGAAUUUUGACGAAAAAUGAGUGCGGAAAGAUCAUCUCAAUUGGUCGUUCGUAUUUGUGAGAAAAAAGCUACAGAUUUUUUUGAUAUGUGUUUUUUUGAAGAUUUGAUACUUUUUUUAAGCAGCUUACAGAAAAUUUCAAAUUUUGAAGUAAAAGGGAGAAAAAAAUGCGUUUUAAAAAUAACUGACUUUUUUUGCUGAAAAAAAUAAUCCUUAAAUUUGAAAAAUUUCAACAGAAAUUGCAAAAAUUUAAUGGAACUUUGUUCAGAAGAAAGAUCUUCACUUUCAUCGGCUGAUUACUCCAAUCAAGUAAUUCCCUUCAUUCAGAUUGGAAAUAUCAAGAUACAUGAGAAAAUUGGAAAAGUAGGAGAAUACGAAAAAAAAAAAAUGACUGGAAAGGUUUUCAGGGUGCUUUUGGGGAGGUUUAUUGCGGUUCUUGGGAAAAGUUAGGCGAAAGAACUGUUGCGAUCAAGUCCAUUCCCCUUGCUGACGAAGAAAUUGAAAAAGAGGUUUGAGAAUCAGGAUUCGAAAAACUGGUUUCGAAAAUUGGGAAAUCGGUUCAGGCUCUUGUUCUCAGCCGCCUAGAGCAUCCGAACAUCGUGCGGCUGUACGGAAUGACAAGAGAACGGGAAAAUCUUCUUCUAGUUUUUGAAAUGAUGGAGCUCGGUAUGGUAUUUCAUUUUUUUGUUAUCUCAACAAACACAAUAAUUAGGAGACCUUCGAACAUAUCUACGAGCACGAACGCCGCAGUUCUCGAACUAUUCCCAAUUUCCACCAGCCUUAUUGGUCGAAGAGCUAAAAAAGAUUGUGCGAGAUGUGAGUUCAAGAAAAAUGAUGAAAGCGGUAUGACCUGAAAAAGUUUGAAGAAUCAAAAAGCGUUAAGCGAAAAGUAAACGGAAAAAAGAAUUGAAAGCCGAAUGGGGAAAAGGAAAAAAAGCACAUUUUUCUGAUAAAAUUCACAAAAACUUCAGAUUGCCUCUGGUCUGUGCUAUCUUGUAGCUCAGCAAGUGGUUCAUCGAGAUCUCGCUGCUCGGAACUGUCUUGUGACUGGAGCGACUGACAUCAGAACCAGUAACCCAAUGAACCGUCCUCCUUUUACUGUCAAGGUUGGGUUUAAAACUUUAGUAAACUAAAGCGGGAAAAUUGAAAUGAAGACGAAAAAAUCAUCAAUAAUUCCGAAAAUCUGUCUCAUCUUCAUUAAUCGCUUGUCUAUUUCCUGCUACCCUGAAAAAUGGCACAAACUCUAGUAAGUUUUGAAGAUAUCGGACUUUGGCAUGUCGCGAAGGCUCUACGGAGACUCGGAUUACUACAGAAUGGAGCAUCACUCUCUUCUGCCUGUCCGUUGGCUGCCUCCAGAAGCCAUCAACGACCACAAAUUCAACCACAUGAGCGAUAUUUGGUUAAUAAAAUCGACAGAGUUCUGAACUUAUUCUCUUUUAGGUCGUUCGGGGUGACGAUUUGGGAGGUUUUCAGUUACGGUCAAGUACCUUUCAGCGAACUCUCCAAUCACGAAGUUGUUUCUUAUGCCGUCGCAGGUUUAAAGUUGUUACUUCUCUACUCAAAAUAUUCUUAGGCUUGCGUCCGGCGAAACCGAAAAAUUGCCCUGAAGAUGUCUACGAUCUCAUGGUGAAAUGUUGGAACGGAGUUCCCGAGCACAGAUCCACGGCCGAAGAUAUUUUAUUGGAUCCUUGUUUUCAACCUAUUACGCCUCCUGAACCCAGUCCAACUGUCAUUGUUUGA